UUUUCUAAAAAUGUUGACCCUUAAGGAUAAGGGGGAAAGAGUCAAAGGUAAUGUUUAGAGUUCGUAUACUCAGAUGAAACAAGUAUUCAAAAGUUUGAACCCCAAAGCCUCCAAAACAGAAAAGGUUCUGAAAAAGAAACCCCUAUUGCAGCUACCAAAAAGUGACCAAGUGGGAAAGCAGAAGGGGUAAUCUGAAAACUUAAUAUUAUUAUUAAGAUCCAUAAUGAAGUUAUUUUUUUCCAGUGCUUCAGAAUGUUUUGAAAGCUUUUAGUGGUAAUUCUUAAAAUACACUUGAGUGAAGAGGGAAAAAGAGGCGUGUUCUUUGGUGCUGUGUCUCCUGAGAGCUUAGGGCAGGUAUUCACUGGAGUCCCUAGGCUAAAUUCCGCUUCUCUAAAGUAUCUUCCAAGCCUUGGUCUUUUGUAUUAGACCCUGGGGGACAGCUCUUUGUUCUUCCUUGGGGUGAGCCUGGCUCUCAGACUUGCACAUGGCAAUACUUGAAUAUCGCCACGUCGGGAUAUUAAAGAUGGAUAUUCCUGCAUUAUUCGCAUCAUUGUUUCUAUGACAAAAAGCACAGAGUUCAUACAUAGUCAAGAUGUCUUUUUUCUGAUGCCCCACGUUGAGAAGCUGAAAAGGUAUUUUACUGAAGUUCGGCUAAAUUACAGAAUCAGGUUCAUCCAGAGGACAAAUUUUCUAUUCGAUUAGCUGUAUUUCAGGCGGGAGGACUGACCUCUAAACCCUUAACCUUUUGGACUCUAAUACCCUUCUUCCCCUUCAACGUGGAGAGCAGUGUUUGGAUAUAGCAUUUGAAAAGAGCUGCUAUCCUUAGGCAAGUUGGAGAGUUGCUAAAAUUCUUUCCAAAAACCCUAAUCUGUGCAUGCAUUGAACCUUCCCCCUGGGAGAAGAAAGAAGUAUAUGUUUUCACAACAUCUAACUACAAAGACAUUAUGGAGAGAUUAUCCUGUAGAUUUUCCUUUCCCAAAAAGUUCUGGUUGCUCACCUAACUUCAGACCAAAUGCCACACUACUUUUCCCCUUUUCCCUGUCUCAAAGGAAAGUCAAGUGGCAUGUUUUCCUGAAGAAAACCUCAGAUCCUUCUCAAACAUAGUCCCACUACUUUGGAAAGUAACUUCAUCCAGAAACAACUUCUUUGUUUAUAAGUCUCAGCUCUCCUUCUCAGCUUCGAAGGGAUUGUCUUUUGAAAUGUUAAUGGAGCCUGGAUGGCCCAGAGGGCAGCUUCCAGCCCUGAUGCCCCACUCGAACCCAGUAUCCAUUUGGGCCCACAGGAGUGGGCCAGGAAAGGGGCAGGGCCCUCCAACCACCUAGGGCAGGGAAGGAAAUCAGUUUCCAUCUGGGAAUAUGCUCUGGAGAAAGCUAGAUGUGGAAAGACUCCAGAGCCCAUUUGCUAUUAUUUAUUUCCAGUUUGUUCCCCCCAUAUAUGGGCCUGCAGUAUUUGCUUUUGUGGUGUUACUUUUUUAAACCUGUGUUGGGGUCAUGACAGGGGGAGGUGAAGUGUUGCUGAGGACACUGCUCCUCAGACUCCCAUCUCACUUUGUCCAUUGCAGCCUUUGUUGUGAGAUGACAUUGUCAGUCAGCCCCAUGGAGUCUGUUCACACGAGAUGCUUUUUAAAUAGAAUUGACCAAUGUUUUGCUGCCACUGAUUAAAGUAUUAUUUAUACUAAUUGUUGCUGUAGUUUGAUGUAAUCCAUUGAUCUAUAUUUGAAAUAAUAAAAGGUGUAGCAAAACCUCCCUCAUGUUUGGUGCCUUGACAGAAGCAUUCUUUAAGUCUUCUAAAAGCUAACAUUGAAUAUAAACAACUUAUUAUUUUCUGCAAAAAAUUAGCACCAAUUUUUACUUGGUGCCUAAGGUGUGAUGGUUAAGGAAUACAAGGCUUAGCAAUUGCUAUUACCCCCUCCCAGUAUACACACACUCCCAAUUUGGUCACCAUUAUUUUGGGAGCAUUGAAAAGUCUGGGGUUGAAUUCAAGUUGCAGGGUGUUGGGCAGCAUUUGUUGAAAGAAAAAGAAGUAACUGCCUGGGCUAACAGGGGGCACCACGCUGGCUUUCUGCUUGGUGCAGGCCAGCCCCAAACCCCUUCAGUCUAGGAGCUCUCAGAGGAAGACUUUGUGAUUUGUAUGAGAAACCUUCUGGCUGCCCUGACGCUGGGAGAGAGUGUUGGUCCUGGGCUGAGCUGAGGCUGUCUUGUAGCUGCUCAGAUCUGACCCGGCUGGCCUCCAGUCUUGGGCUCCUUUUACUUUUCUGGUGCUGCUCAGCCCCACCUGGGGCCUUCAGCACCUGCCCCUCCUUCUCAGCACCCCUCCGCCCCUCAGACAACAAUAAACACUCCCCACUAUAAAAAGUACUGUGCACUAUUUUUAUCGCCAGGGCUUUUCCUCAUCUUGGUCUCAGUCUUGAAAAGGGGGCCAAGACAGAAGUCCCAAAAUAGAUGGGGGUCUUAAUAGAGACAGGAAAUGAAUAGAAUGCAUAAAAUCAGACAUGUGUCCUUAAUAUAUGGAAGGGCUUGCUUCAGACGCGUGGACAUGUGUAUUUAUAAGUGUGCAGACAGAAGUUUAAAUAUUCAGACACAUUUUAUGAUUGUCCUCUGCCCGUCUUCUGGUUAAUGGCUCCUCCUGUGCCCACCAAUACAUCAAUACCGUUGUGUGUAUUGAAUCACCGGCAGGGACGAGAAGGAAGCGAGUCCAUAGCCGAGCUCGCUGAAUACAGUACAGUAAAUCGGGACCCUCGGCAGACGGCGCUUCCCGCCCGCCCGCCAUGUUGGGGAGCCCUCCCUGCCCCCCGCGCCGGGCUGGGCGGCCGGGGCUCGCUGGCAGCCGGGGGAGGGCCUUUCAUAACCCGGAGAAUUUUCAAAGUGCAAGGAAGAUGAUAAGAAUAGAUUUCUACAAGUCCCGACCACGUGAUUGGCGAAAUAAUUAAUUCAGCACGUCCCUUAAGAAACAAGGAGUCGUCAUUAAUCUGCCACGCAAAGGGCUCUCUCCGACUUGGAAAGUGCAGGGAUCCCAAGAAUAUCACCCGCCGAGGGGGGCCACGCGGCGCCCCCCGGCCCUCCACCCCCGGCCCCCGGCGGCGGGCGCGGGAGCGCGGCCGGCAGAUCCGCCUCCACAGAAUAUCAAAAGAAACCGAAGAGCCUACAAAAAGAGUUAGAAACAAAAUUCAAGAAAACACACAUAAAAUUUGUGUUUUCUACAUUGUAGAUCUCACAGACCUGACCCACAGAAUUAACUGGGCGAAUUGUCACCCUGUCAUGAAAAAGUGAAUUAUCUGGGUCUUCAUGAAAGAUGUGGUGACUUUGAAACUAGGUCACCUGGAGUCUGGGGCCUGGUCCAGUUCUCUCAGGAUUCAGCAGACACUGGAGGUGGUGGCCAAAGACACAGUGGUAGUCAAUGUUAUUUGAGCAGGGUCAGCAGGCCCUGGAGCUUCCUGAGUGCACCAUGCAGAAGGCUGCAUACUAUGAAAACCCAGGACUCUUCAGCGGCUAUGGCUACAGCAAAGCCACAGACACUUAUGGUUACAGCAACCCUCAUCAGCCCUACCCACCCCCUACUGCUGCCAAUUCCCUGGACACUGAUUAUCCAGGUUCUGCCUGCUCCAUCCAGAACUCUGCACCUCUGCGAGCCCCAAGCCACAAGGGGGCUGAACUCAAUGGCAGCUGCAUGCGACCUGGCACUGGGAACAGUCAGAGUGGGGGUGGUGGCAGCCAGCCUCCUGGUCUGAACUCAGAGCAGCAGCCACCACAGCCCCCACCUCCACCACCCACCCUGCCCCCUUCUUCACCCACCAAUCCUGGAGGAGGAGUUCCUGCCAAGAAGGCCAAGGGUGGGCCCAAUGCUUCUAGUUCCUCAGCCACCAUCAGCAAGCAGAUCUUCCCCUGGAUGAAAGAGUCUCGACAGAACUCCAAGCAGAAGAACAGCUGUGCCACUGCAGGAGAGAGCUGCGAGGACAAGAGCCCGCCCGGCCCGGCGUCCAAGCGGGUGCGCACGGCGUAUACUAGUGCGCAGCUGGUGGAGUUGGAAAAGGAAUUCCACUUCAACCGCUACUUGUGCCGGCCGCGUCGCGUGGAGAUGGCCAACCUGCUGAAUCUCACCGAACGCCAGAUCAAGAUCUGGUUCCAGAACAGGCGCAUGAAGUACAAGAAGGACCAGAAGGCCAAGGGCAUCCUGCACUCGCCGGCCGGCCAGUCCCCGGAGCGCAGCCCGCCUCUCGGCGGCGCCGCGGGCCAUGUGGCAUACUCUGGCCAGCUGCCGCCGGUGCCUGGCUUGGCCUACGACGCACCCUCCCCGCCCGCUUUCGCCAAAUCGCAGCCCAACAUGUACGGCCUGGCCGCCUACACGGCGCCGCUCAGCAGCUGCCUGCCACAGCAGAAGCGCUAUGCGGCGCCCGAGUUCGAGCCCCACCCCAUGGCGAGCAACGGCGGCGGCUUUGCCAGCGCCAACCUGCAGGGCAGCCCAGUGUAUGUGGGCGGCAACUUCGUCGACUCCAUGGCGCCCGCAUCCGGGCCGGUCUUCAACCUGGGCCACCUCUCGCACCCAUCUUCGGCCAGCGUGGACUACAGUUGUGCCGCGCAAAUUCCUGGCAACCACCACCAUGGACCAUGCGACCCUCAUCCCACCUACACAGAUCUCUCGGCCCACCACUCGUCUCAGGGACGCCUGCCCGAGGCCCCCAAACUGACACAUCUGUAGCGGUCGCCGUGGGCCCGAAUUCGCGGCGCAAUUACCUCUUUUGCUUUAGUGGUGGUGGGGAGGGGUGACGAUGGGGCCCGCGGGGCAGUUCGGAGAUCCCCUUCUCCCGCUCUGGUCUGACCACAGCCUCCCGGGUCUUGGGCCUCCAGUGUCCAGAGGCGUAGGUGACCGGGCCUCCCCUCGAUGCGCGUCCUCCUUUGGGUGACUUGCUAUAAAUCAGCCGCAAGAAUACUCCCCCCGUAAGCCUGACAGUGCCAUAUACUGCGGACCGAGGGACUCUAAUCUGGUAAUAGUGCCCCUAAGGUAAGUCUGAGACCUAUCGGCGGCGCGCCCUGCAGAGGCACUAGAGCCUGGAGAGUCCUGGGCCUGGCCCGCGUCUAGCUUAGUUUCUGAGACCUUAAUUUAUAUGCUCCUUCCCAUCCUGUAAGGAUUGCAUCGGACUAAACGAUCUGUAUUUAUUAUUUGAAGCGAGUCAUUUCGUUUCCCUGAUUAUUUAUCCUCGUCUUAAUGUAUUUAUAUGUAUAUUUGUAGAAUUCUCCAGCCGAGCUUAGGAAAGCGCUCCCAGGCCAUGGGGGCCACAUUUCACCUCUUUAGUCCCCUCGGUCUGGGUCUGAACUAGUUGAGAGAGUAGUUUUGAACAGUUGUAACCGUGGCUGGUGUUUGUAGUUGAUGUAAAGGAUUAAGACCACAAAUUGUCCUUCAUGGGUAGAGCCAGGCAGCCCGGUGGCAUGGCAUGACACACGUUAGUCAUUUCUCAACAGCCGCAGCCCUCACCACUCGACACAGUUUAUUGAUUUCAAAUUGUCUGGUACUAUUUGAACAAAUAUUUAGAAUAAAAAAUUUUCUCAGUUGGAAGUGUAUCUGUGUUAAUCACGCACACUUGCAAGCAGAUCACUUUGCCUUUAUCUUUCACACAAUCCCAGUGGAAGGCUUUAUGGAACACUGACCCUUUGAAAAACAUUAUUCUAUUUAUUUGGAAUCUACUGCACCAGUUGUUCUGGGAGAUACUCCAUUAUUACAGUCCAGCUAUUGAUAUGGUGGGGGGGAUCUAAGGAUGCAAACCUAGAAAUGUUUUGGGUGGGAGGAUUGGGAUAAGGCUUUGCCAAAGCAGAGCCUGCUUUGCUGUUUCUACCACCUUCUUUCUAGAUACAAUCUAAUGUUACAUUAGAGAGGCCAGAGCUCAUUUUUCUACAUUAAAUAAUGAAAAAUAAACUUUGAAAGAAAACUGACAAUCAAAGACAAGAUACAAGAGAAGUUGUAAGAAGAAUUGAGCUAUGAAAAAGCUAAGGUGAAUGGGGAAAAGAUCUUAUCAUUUGGAGACAGGCACCUAAGCUUUUUCUCUAAAAAGCAUUGUCAUACAUUUUUCCUUUGUGGUAGUUGGUAGUUCAUUUCUAAAGAAAACAAAUGUUCUCCACAAUGUAAAGUAAUAAAAGUUUCAUUAAUGGAACAUAACACGUAUAAACACCUUGUUUACUCCUGUUUCGUUGUACAAAACGGGCAAAAUGUCUUCAAAGAUUUAUAACCAUUUUUUUUGUAAAUAUUAGCGUGGCUCUAGCUAGGGACAAACAACUUGCACCCAAUUCCAUGAAGGGGGCACUUGGAAAAUACCUUCAGAUAAGGUUUAAUUCUUUUGUAUUUCAGCAAAGUCAGCCCACGCAUCUCUGUUUGAUUUGACAAAUAAUGCAACUCCUACUACAUCCCUCUGACAGGAGGUGAAAUUCCUAUCGUGUGGAAAUAAUUUAACUUCUAAUCUUCUGGUGGAACAACAAUCGUUUCUAUUUGGAUGUUUGUGUUUCGUUAAGUAAUGAUGGCUCAAAAUAAUAUUUAGUUUUCUUGUUCCUUUGUGCUGUUUUUAAAAUGGCAUGUUAGAUUGUGGUGGGAGGGGAUAUCCUUUUGCUAAAUUUCACUUUAUCUGAGCAGGUUUAAAGUAUAUAUGUUGUAGAAGUGUAUCAACAGAAUAAAUGACUUCAAACGAAGGCAUAUUUUACCCGUUUUCAAGAUUUAACAUUGUUUUCUAUGAAAUUUGCAUCCAUAGGCAGAAUUUCUAAUUGUCUUGUAAGAAAUUAUUUUUUAAUCUAUUAGGGAAAUCAAAGAAAAGCUCGCUGCCUUGCAGGGAUUACAACCACCUUUCUUAACUGGCUAAGUAUUAAAUAGAUGAAUUGUCAGGCUGUUUAGAUUCAGCCCGGUUUUCCCUCAUCUCCUCUUCCUACCAUAAAUAAUAAUAAAAAUACAU